AUGAAUAGGUCAGCGGCCUUACACAAUAUCCAGAUCAUGUGCAAAGAAAUGGCGCUCUAUGUCAUUAACACAUAUAGAAGCCCAUCUAGACUGUUUAUUUGUGGGGGAGGUGAAAUACUUUCUCGAGAAGGCACCACACAAGGAUAUCCGCUAGCGAUGCCGUUGUACGCGCUUAAUACAUCCAUAAUGAUACAUAAUUUGAGGGAUCAUUGCCCAUUGGUUAAACAGGUGUGGCUUGCAGACGACUCAGCUGGAGGAGGGAGUAUAGUGCAGUUAUACAACUGGUACAGGCAGUUGAGUAAGGAAGGUCAAAAGUUUGGUUACCUUGUGAAUGGGACAAAGAGCUGGCUUAUUGUGAAGUCUAGGGAACUCGCGGAGAAAGCAAAGAGGGUGUUUGGAGAGGAAGUCAACAUAACGACUGAAGGUCAGCGCCAUCUGGGAGCAGUUAUUGCGUCGCAAGAAUACAAAGAUCAGUAUUGUGAGGAGAAGGUUCGUGCAUGGAAAGAGGAAAUCGAA